AUGCCCGUUCCAUUUUCCUACCACGCCAAGGCCCAGUCCACCUUUAAGCCUCCUCUAAUUGCGAAUGAGAACGCAUUCCUAGGUGAUGUCUUUACAAGCCAGAAGGAAAAUCCCGAUAAACCUGUCUCUGCUGGAUUCUACCGGUUAGAAAAGGGAACACCGCUCGUGUAUACCUAUAGCUAUGAUGAAAUGAAGAUCAUUCUGGAGGGCCAGUUUGAAAUCGCCGAUGAGACAGGUCAGAAAGUGACUGCUACUCCGGGUGAUGUGUUCUAUUUCCCCAAGGGAGCUACGAUUACAUUCACGACCCCGGAUUACGGGCUUGCAUUCUUCACGGGCCAGCGACCGGAGGGACAACUAUAA